UCGUGUAAUGGCGGACGCGGGCCGGUGAAGCACGGCUGGGGGCGUAGCGCACUGAGCGGGGUCCGGCAGAGUGGCAGCCGCCUGGGCGGCCCGCCGGGACAGACCCGAGGCGGAGAGGGGCGACCGGCCGGCCCGUCUGUCGCUGAGGGCGACUGCGCAAGGCCAGGUGCCCCAACUGGAGGUGGGAGCAAACCCACAACCCAGGUACAUGCCCUUGAUCAGGAAUUGAACCCAAGACCCUUUGGUGCAUGGGCUGAUACUAACCACUGAGCCACCGGCCAGGGUUGUUUUUCAUCAUUCAGAACAUUGCCUGAAGCAGGUCCACCAUGCCGUUAGUAACGAGGAACAUCGAGCCAAGGCACCUGUGCCGUCAGACGUUGCCUAGUGUUAGAAGCGAGCUGGAAUGCGUGACCAACAUCACCCUGGCAAAUGUCAUCCGACAGCUGGGCAGCCUGAGUAAAUAUGCAGAGGACAUUUUUGGAGAGCUCUUUACUCAGGCAAAUACCUUUGCCUCUCGGGUAAGCUCCCUUGCUGAGAGGAUUGACCGCCUACAAGUUAAAGUCACUCAGCUGGAUCCCAAGGAAGAAGAAGUGUCACUACAAGGAAUCAACACCCGAAAGGCCUUCAGAAGCUCUACCAUUCAAGACCAGAAGCUUUUUGACAGAAACUCGCUGCCCGUACCUGUCUUGGAAACAUACAACACGUGUGAUACUCCUCCACCGCUCAACAAUCUUACCCCUUACAGGGACGAUGGGAAAGAGGCACUCAAAUUCUACACAGACCCUUCGUACUUCUUUGAUCUUUGGAAGGAGAAGAUGCUGCAGGACACCAAGGAUAUCAUGAAAGAGAAGAGAAAGCAUAGGAAAGAAAAGAAAGAUAAUCCAAAUCGAGGUAACAUAAACCCACGUAAAAUCAAAACACGAAAGGAAGAGUGGGAGAAAAUGAAGAUGGGACAAGAAUUUGUGGAAUCCAAAGAAAAGCUGGGGCCUUCUGGGUAUCCACCCACCUUGGUGUACCAGAAUGGUAGCAUCGGCUCUGUUGAAAAUAUGGAUGCAAGCAACUACCCACCACCACCACAGUCAGACUCCACUUCUCUCCCUUCUUCCUUCUCUGAGGAGAGCUUACCUCCGCCACCAGCAGAAUUCAGCUACCCAGCAGACAACAACCAAAGGGCGUCUGGCUUAGCUGGACCCAAAAGAUCCAGUGUGGUCAGCCCAAGCCAUCCACCUCCAGCUCCUCCUCUGGGCUCUCCGCUGGGCCUCAAACCCGGCUACGCUCCACCCUCGGCCCCUCCACCUCCGCCUCCAAUGAUAAACGUCCCUCCUCCACCUCCACCUGGAGGACUUGGGUCCCCAGUGACCCCACCGCCACCUUCACCACCCUCUUUCCCACCUCACCCCGAUUUUGCUGCCCCUCCCCCUCCUCCCCCACCGCCGGCAGCUGACUACCCGACCCUGCCACCGCUUCCCUUAUCCCAAUCUACAGGAGGAGCACCUCCUCCUCCCCCUCCUCCUCCUCCUCCUGGGCCACCUCCUCUCUUUUAUGGUGGCGCAGAUGGCCAGCCUGCCCCACCACCACCACCUUCUGAUGCACCCAAGUCCAAGUCCUCCUUGCCUCCUGUGAGCGACGCCCGCAGCGACUUGCUUUCAGCCAUCCGCCAAGGCUUCCAGCUGCGCAGGGUUGAGGAGCAGCAGGAACAAGAGAAGCGGGACGUGGUGGGCAACGACGUGGCCACCAUCCUGUCGCGUCGCAUUGCUGUUGAGUACAGUGACUCAGAAGACGACUCCUCUGAGUUUGAUGAGGACGACUGGUCGGAUUAGCUCUUUCUGCCUGCUGCCCACCUCUUCUCUUUUCUUCUUACCUGCCUUUUUUAAUGCCUGCCCCCACAGUCCCAGGGGGAAAAGAGGGAGGGGGAAAAAUUUCAAGGGGCCAAAGCCUUCCCUGAAGCUACCAAAGAUAUAUCCAUGUGCUUCCUCCAAAUCAACGUGUAUUUCCCACCUCCCACAGUCAGGCCCCACGGGGCCCCUGAGGGUCAGUAGCUGAGAUGUUCCCUCUUCUCUUCAUAUUGAAGAGAAGGGAAAACCCCAAAGCUGAUCCCUUUAAGUGGGUGUAAAUUGGAGUUGGUGCCUUUCCCUAGGAGCCAUUUUCCAUUGUGGUCUCUAAAUCCUUGCCCUCAGCUACUUCAAAUAAUGCCAGCCACUUUGUGGUCCUAAAGUCUGCAUGGACACAGCUGGCCCCUGUCCCAUGCCCUGGGAGGUCAGCAGGCCGCGUGCCCCAGCAGCCAGACGGCUGCACCCUUCUGCCCCGAUCAGCAGGGUGAGGCUGCCUUUUGCUAAGCUCUUUCUGUAUCUGGAUCCCCUUUAUUUCAGGAGCCAUCAAGCCCCUAAAGAAGGUCUCAACCCCUCUGCCCAGAAAUGAUGCUUUUAUGAAGAAUGAGGUGUUUGCCUCCCUCCCAGGCCCCGUCUCUGAGUGUGGUGUUUGGGUUUUCUUUACACACCCCUCUGUCGUCACCAGGUGCCUGUGGGCACCAUCGCCCAGUUCUGACCUCUAAUACCCAUGACCAAACUGGCCCUGACACACAGGGACCUGGGCCUCUGCUGGGUGUCAGGAGCCAAGCUUAGAGACCUGGAACUGCAGUCCUGGAGGGACGGCAUGCCUUGGGUCCCACCCUCUUAGUGAUGCUGAAGUCUACAGAUGGGAAGUGACUUGCUCAAGGUCAUGCAGUUGGAUCGUAACAGGGCUAGAGCCCAGGGUUUCUGAUUCCAAGUCACCUGUGCUUUCUGGGACCAGCUAGUGGGCACCUGCUAGGGCCUGGGCUGCGCAUUCUCGGCUCUGCUGCUUCCAACCUCACCAUGGUGGUGGGGGGGGGGUGGUCUCCCAGGGGGGCGGUCUCCCAGCAGGAGGGCUCGGGCUGUGCCAGGCCCUCAGUGCUGCUCAGAUCCGUAUGGCCUCUCGUAAUUCUUUGCUUCCCCUUUGCUGUCUACCAGCCAACUGGCCUUGGGAACUGCCCAAUUGGGGGACUAGAGGUAGUGAGAGAGGGAAGGGGGUGGGCAGCUUUGACAGGUGCUGUUUUCAAUUCCUCUUCAACUCCUCCCUCUUUUAUUUCCCCAAUUUCUGCCAAGUGUCGAAACUUCAGUCCCUCAGGCUGGCAGCCGUGGCAGGUAGCUGCCUGGGGGGCCUGCAGCCCUGAGGAAGGCUGAAAUCAGCAGAGGGACUGCAGGUCUUGUUUCCAGCUCCCCUCCUCAGUACCCAGUGAUGUUCCCGCCCUUCCCCCCUUUCCCAGAGCUAAUACACAGGUGCUGUUAUUCAGAAAAACCUGGUCCGCUUUGGCCAGCAGUGAGGUUUCUUCUCUUCUGCCCCAACUAUUGUGUAGCCUCUUCUGCUGAAACCGGCUGCUCCUGGCUUCUCCUGCUUUCAGAGCCUGAAACAAAGAGAAACAGGAUCUGUCUGUACCCCGCACAGCAAAUGGUUGUAGUAAUUACCAAAGCCCUCAUAAACCCUCCGGCUUGAGGAGCGUGUGUAAUCAUGGGUACCGCCGCUGUGCCCGGCUGAAUGCGCCCCCUCUGCCUCUUUUCCUUGAACUCGGGUCUGUAGGGCCAGCAUGCCCUCCUCCUGGGGCUGCCUCCGAGUGCCCCUCCCCCCUCCCCAGGUCAGUGUCUCUGGCACAGGGCCAGCACCUGGCUCUAGUGCUGAGCAUGCCAGGCUGUGUGUGUGCCCCUGCCUUGCUUCCCACCUUGCACUUGGAAGCUGAAGGUACAUUCUUCAGAACCCUAAAAUGGCUGUUGAAGGUGUCCCUGCUGCAGCCCAGGGAUGGUGGAGAGGCAGGCGGAGGGCAGUGGUUCUCCCAAAUAGGAGUCCUGGGGCCUGGCCAGGCCAGGGUUUGGGCCUAAUGGCUUUGACUAAAUUACUCCCAUCCCCCUCCUUUCCGGAAAAGGGGAGUCAGUGCCACUCGCUAUCCUUCUGCUCUGACCUUGAAGGGGGCGGUGUUGGCCUGGCUUCUGGAAUGGACAGUCCGCUGUGGAAAGGUCUGGGGGCAGGGGGAGGUGGGGAGGGGCACUGCCUGCGGAAGGUAGGAUUAGAUCAUUAGCUCAGUGACCUCCUAGGGUUUCGAUGUGCUGUGUUCUCAUCCUACAGCUGGUUUGGUAAUGAUCUGCAAGUCCCGGAGAGCAACAGCAUAGCUCUGCCUGACGUUCUCAUUAAAAUCUAUGCAGCCAAGCUCUGCGCUUUGUAGCAGCCGGCUUCCUCGGCUGGGGGGUGGGGGAGGGGUGGGCUGGGACCCAGUCAGCUGGGCUCUACUUAUGCAUUGGUACACCCCCAAAAAUGCUGCUUUAAACCCAGAGCCCUUUAAAAUGAUAAAGGACCCUAUGCAGGUAAUCAUGUGUCUUUAGAAUCCUGUAAUUGUGGAAUGCGAAGUUUAGUGAUUAUUUAAACUGGGCCCAAGCUGGUAAGCGUAUGGAACAAUGGCUCAUAAGGACUCUUAAGUGCUGAGGCCAAGAAACCACCUCCCUUUCUGGUCUGCUCAGCCCAGGGAACCUGCUCCCAUUCCUGUGGCCCAGGGGCCCAGCUUCUGACCGUCAGGCAGUGUCAGAAGUGAUUGGUGGCUUUGCCCAGGUGGUGAGAUGAGUACAUUCCAAAGGAGCAGCCUCGGGGAGGGGGCAGGCUCUUGUCCCUCGGAAGCUCAGAACGCGGGCCCAAGCUCAGCUUGCCUCCAGGAGCUCGAGCGCCCUCAGAAACGACCUGGCCAAUGUCACCGCGGAGCCGGUGUUGUCAGGCUAAUGUGAAAUCUCUUCCCGUGGCGCCAAUCCUCUGGCUCCACCGCGCCGGCUUGGACAGAUUGAGGUCUCUUGGCUUUGGUGACCCUCUGCUUAAGCAUUCCCACCGUGUCCCAGCUCCGCUCUCCCUGUGCCUCCCGCUGCAGCCCCCUCCCAAGGCCAGGGCUUCCUCGGGGUAUCAGGCUUUGAGCUCUGCUGGGCUCCAGCUGACCUGGGGACCACCUCCGUCUGUGCCUCAGGGAGUGCUAGGGAACAAUGUUACUGUAUGGACCUUCAGUUAACUCACUCGAGAAACUAACCCGUUUUUACUUACUGUCUGGAAUGAUGGACCUGUAGGAGAGCGACCAUAAUGCUCCCAAAGUGCCUUCUUUUCUCUGAUAGAAACGUUUAGAAGGACCUGGACCAAAGGAUUCUUGGGUGUGUGUUCCACAUCAAGAUCUUAGGGAGUGAGCACAUAUGUAGUGGGGAUACAGUCUGCAAAUGGGUCCCUUCUCCCCCCGCCGAGGAUGGAGAAGGAGCUUCAGUUAGAGAUCUGAGCUGUGGGGUUAAGCCAAACCCCUCAGUGACCCUUUCCCUUUGCCCUACUGCUCUCGGUCCUUAGAAGGAUGUCCAGUUUCUUAAAGCCUGUGGCUCCAAGUCUGGUCUCAUUUGCUUCCCUGCCAGGCUCGUGUGUACGUUAGCUCCCCAGCGACCUGAAGAUUCCAUGUAACUGUAUACACGCAGAUACGUAAAUGCCAAUGUUCUGAAUAAUUUGAUAAAAUCUUUGUAGCCACUCGGCCA